AUGACUGCAGACUCCGCCAUCUCGUCGAUCGCCAAGUCGACCCCCCCUCCUUCUCUGCUGAAUGCCGGCGGCCAGACCUGCGGUACCAGCUCCGAGACGACCCGAGGCCCAAGUUGUCGCCUGCCCCGACGACUCGGCGAACUGGGCCCCUCUGUUGCCGAGCCAAUUGCUCCGGCCUUGGGUCGCUCGGGGCCCGGAAAACCGGCAAUCUACACGACGACGCCUCGUUCGGACAGCAGAACUGCCGGUUAUCCCCCUCCCCAACCACCGGCUCUGCUUGCAAACCCGCCGAUGACACUCAACCAAGCCGACCUUCACAUACAUCCACCAUUUCACUCCCACCAACUCAGCUACACUCAGGCCCAACUCCAACUCUACCCGCAUACCUAUUCGCUGCCCCACUUCCAUCCGCCUCACUCUCCCUCCCCCCUUUCGCUCGGUCUGACGCCACACACACAUCCACAUUCCCAUAUUCACUCACACUCCCAUUCACACUCUCAAUCGCAGUCACACUCCCUUUCACACGCAUAUCCACCGCCACUUGCCCAGUCCUCCAACGGCCUGUUUGUCGAGCCAUCCGUCCACAUGCACACAGGCACCGACGGCUUCCUCGGUCUACAAUCACCCGCGGGACUCCCCGGCACCUCGGCCCACUUCUACCCGCUGCAGUCGCAUACUUUUACCCCCCUGGCGCCACCUCCAUCCCAGACACAACCGCAACACCCUGGCUACUCGACACAAUCGCAUGCCUCCCUCGCCUUACCCUCCUCCUCCUCCUCCUCCUCCCCCUCAUCUUCCUCCUCUUCCUCUUCUUCUUCUUCCUCUUCCUCUUCCUCUUCUUCUUCCUCCUCCUCCUGCUCUACCAACUCGCCCGAAUUCCCCGCCACCUGCACCUCCAGCGUCCGAUCAACCCCUGUCGCCACAGACUACCAGCACCAGACCACACGUCUUCCAGGCGCCGACUCGGCCGGCACCACAGACCGCGUCUGCCUGAGCCGAUCGCAGACUCACUCGACCCUCUCACGGUCGCAAGUGGCCGGUACCGUUGGACCGCUUCGCUCGUCGUCAGUCUAUCCGCAGCCUCUGUCGCAGCCCCAGCACCAUUUAACCUCACUCGCCCAACCUCACGACUAUCUCCACUCGCAAGCAUUUCACCAGCAUCAACACCAACAUCAGCAUCAGCACCAUCAGCAUCAGCAUCAGCACCACACUCAGCAACAACAACCACAACUACCGCAACAACAACAACAACAACAGCAGGAGCAGUCUUAUAUGCUAUUUCAGCUGGACCACUCGGGUCAGCAGCAACACCAUUCGCACCACCAGCAGCAGCAAAGCCAUCACAUGUUGCCCUCGAGUCAUGUGGACCUGCACUCCACAGACCUGCCCACUGAGUCUGUCUAUCCACUCGUCUACAGAACCUCUGGGCCCCAUGCCUCUUCUUCAGCAUCUGUCGUCUCCUCCGCCCCCUCUCCAUCUUCUACCUGCUCGACUGCCCCCUCCUACCCUCUUCCACAUUCUCCUCAUCCUCAUCCUCAUCAUCAGAAUCAGCAUCAGCAUCAUCUUCAUCAACAUCAUCUUCAUCAACACAUCCAACAGCAGUCGUCGCUCGAGCCUCCGCUUCACGGUCACCAACAACAGCAGAUGCCACGAGCCUCGGUUUCGCCUGUCGACUGGAGUCUGGCGCCCUAUUCCUCCGUGAUCCCCGCCUCUGUCUUGUCGUCUCAAAAGGCGGCGGAAGCUGCAGCUGCUGUUGCCAGCUACUACGACCACCAUUUGCCCUCGUUGUUGAUGAACGCCACCGCCGUCGUGGCGGCAGCCGCCGGAGUGGCCUCUUCCACCAAUGUCACUGCUUCCACCGACCUUCGUGGCACCGGUUGGGGCAGUCGAGUCUCGGCGUCCGGAUCGGCUCCGACCAACUCGGCAACCGGUCAAGCGUGUCAUGGCAACGAGACGAUAGGCCAGAAGGCUACAGGCUCAUCAAUCGAGGGUGAUGCUUCGAGGCGAGGUGAAGAGAGACUGACGCCGGCCGGCUUCGGCGGCGAGGUGGGACUCGAACGGAUCCUUGACUCGAUCCUUGAAACGUGUGCUCGAAGCGCCCACAAUGAGGCCUGUGAAAAGGGGAAGAAGAGCCCCUCGAAUGGCUAUUCUGGCCACGAGGAUGCCAGCUACUCGAACACAGACGACAACACCAAAGCCGAAAGUAGACUAGCCCCAUCUCGAGUCUACCAAAGUACGAUGAGCAUAUCCCCCGCCGUCUCAACUAGCCCCGCCAGCACCAAUACCGACACAACCCAAAGAGCUGCCAUUGGCCGAGUGACUCACGAACCAGCAGUCCAGAUGUCUUCACUGUCGACCGCUCGCAAGUCUGGAUACCAAUACUGCCUGCCGGUGACGACAGCCAGUCUAUCGACUGUCAACAGCCAUGACGGCCGACUCAACAGUGGUCUGGUGGAUCUGGCCACGGCUGCGGCUGCGGCUGCCAUGGUGACAGCCGCAGCUGCAGCCGCCACGGUAACGGCAACAGCAGCUGUGACACUCGGUCGUAGAGAUGCUGGUGGCCCGCUGGCACCGAGUGAAUGGGUGUCGGGUCGUUUCGCGCUGUCGAAUAAGCGUGGCCAACCGGCAGAUGCGACAGAGAUGCCGAGCGGACGUCGAAACUGGCCAGAAGACUCUGUGAAGAAGGCAAGACAAUCGAGGCAAGAGGAUUACAAUGGCUCAGAGCAACUAAAGCGACAGAAGUGUACACUUUCGGCCUCGAGGGUAGCGGUCCAAGGGAGACACGAAGGCAAGAAGGAUGGAAAAAUAGGGGGACGGGAAGAGGAUUAUGACGAUACAGAAGAGCUGGAAGAGGAGGAGGAGGAGGAGGAUGAAGACUAUGAGGAGCAGGAAGAAACGGAGAGAGAGCAUGGCCGGAUUGGGGAGGCGAGAAAAGAUGAGGAACUGGAGGAAGAGAACGACGACGGUGACGACUUAGAAGAAGACGAUGACGACGAAGACGAUGACGACGAAGAAGAAGACGAUGACGACGAGGAAGAGGAAGAAGGUGACAUUCAAGAGAAUGACACAGAAUGUCUUGAAACCCGCGAGGUCUCAACAUUCGCGAGUCAGCUUAUGCUGACCCCCUAUUCGGCAGAGCUGAUGGAAACUAAUAUCCCCGGCAGAAAUGCCGGUGUUGGCUCCGUUGUUGGAGAUGAAGGGGGAAAUGGAGGGGUCAUGUGUAGGGCUACUGGGGGCCCUAGUCAUCUUGAGAGCAUUCCCACUGCAGAUGGAGGCCACUUUUAA